AGUUCGGGGCAAUUAAACCGGAAAAAGCGUAGAGUUGUCGGGGCACAACCGUAGCACAUCGCAGUUGAAAGUAUUAAUUAGUGGCAAUUUUGGAAACUCACCAACAUGACUCACCUGUCAGCGACGGCCUUGCUGAUGCUGCAGUUGGUCCAGGUGGCCCCCAGCAUCCUGUCAUCCAGUCCAGCCGUCACUCAGCCUCAGCCAGUUGACAAUUUCGAGGGGCUCAGCACCCUGUCCAAACAUUUCGACAGCCCCAUCCCCAGUCCCCCGUCGAGUGGCGACUAUGGACCCAGUUCCGAGUACGAUUCGGCAGCCAGCAAUGCCACCAGGAUUCUGCGGCGGGGCAAGCGUUAUCUCCAAUUCAGCAAGGGAUCACGUAUGUCGUGGCGCACCAACGGCAAGAACAAUCUCUGGACCAUCAACACGCUGUGGGCCUACGGCUAUGGCUUCCGCGCCAACUACCCCUUCCCGUCCAUCGAGGAGCAGAAGAAGGACAACGCCGUCUUCUUUCGCCUGUUCAAGAGGGACCUCUUCUCUAAGCUAGAGAUGGCCCUCGAUGGACAUGGCUUUGAUGGCCGAGCUUGCAUGCUGAAAUCUUUCUGCACCGCCUUGAACGACGUGGAUAACCCCAAACAAAAGAGCGGAAUGCUCUUCAAAAUUCUCAAACUGAUAUUCAGUCGAGCCAAGCGGUAUCUGGAUAUUAUAGAGACCACUCGAAUAUUUGUGGGUAGCUAUUAGCCAAAGGGAGUCUUAACUAUUAAACUGCAUCCUCUUGUGUUCCUCUUUAAGUUCCGCGUUAAUGCCAAGAACAAUGUGAUCAAGUCGCCGACUGUGUGGGCCCAUGGCUAUGGCUUCCGAGCCAAUACGCCCGUGCUGGUCAAGAGGGAGAACCGCCCCUUUCGCAGGGACACCUAUGCGUUGCUCCACGAGCUGAUAGAUAGAAGCGGCCUGGACGGGCGGGCCUGCGUGCUCAAGGCCUAUUGCACCGCCCUGGCCGGCGAUCACGGGCAGGGCUUUCUGUUUAAGCUUUUGAAAUACGUAUUUACCCUGGAUGAGCACGACAAGCGGCAUAUGCCGCAUCUGCGGGAGGAGAACUGCGAGCAAAUCAUGCACAGCCAUUGUCCUUUGAGUUUCGACAGCAUAUCGCCGUACACGGACGACGUUUAAUAAUGAGUGUAAUGUGCUUGCACUGCAUUUAAAAUAUGUGACAA